AUGACGCGUUACCUCAUCAUCGGAGCCGGCAACUUUGGGGCUGGCACUGCAUUGGCGUUGGUCAAACGGGAAGGAACUACCAGUGUCACCCUCGUCGACACCACCCCAUUCCCCAAUCCUCGCGCCGCCUCGCACGACAUCAACAAAAUCGUUCGUGAUGAUUAUCCUGACAAACUUUACAUGAAAAUGUUGAACAAGGCCAUGCCCAUGUGGCGCAGCCAUCCCCUAUACAAGACAUGGUAUCAUGAGGUCGGCAUGCUCAGGGCCGACCCUUCCAACUUUGGGCAAGAAAGCAUUACCUCCUACAAGGAGAUGGGCAUCAGCAACGAGUCUCACUUUCUCCCCGUCGACGAGGUGCGGAGGAGAUGGAACGGAGCUUUUGCGACGGCCAACUUUGACGGCCUGGACAAGGUGCUAUACAACCCCACGGUGGGUUUUGCCGAGGCUGACAAGGUUCUCGGUGCUGUUGUCGAGGAAGCCGUGAAUCAGGGUGUGCAAUACGUGGUGGGCGUCAUGCUGAGGCUCAACUUUGGCUCCAGUGGCGACUGCACUGGCGUGACAUUGAAGUCUGGCGAGACACUGCAUGCAGACAAGAUCUUGCUUGCCACAGGGGCACGAACUGCAGCCCUUUUGUUGCAAAGCGCUCCAGAGAAUCCGCGGCUUCAUGCUGGUGAUAGGUUGCUGGCUACUGGUGCCAUCAGUUUCUACGCCAAGGUUCAUGGGGCCCAGAAGCAGAAACUUUCCCCAAUACCCGUGUUGAAGAAUUGCUUACUUCAGGUAAAAGGCGAAGGCAUGUCGAUACUGAAGGACGGCACAAUCAAAUUCAAUUGCGACAUGUGCUUCACCAACAACGUUGAAUGCCCGGUGACUGGUCAACGCCUGUCUAUGGCCCCGGAUGAAAUAGUCUACAACGUCUGGACUGGACCCAAGUUCCUCAAAUUCUUCCAAGAGCGCGCUAGGAAGACUUUUGAUGGGCUGUACGGCAAAGAAGUGGAGGGUGUUGCGAUUGACGCCUAUCGCGUGUGCUGGGACGCAUCUACUCCCACACACGAUUUCUUGAUCACGCCGCAUCCCCAUAGCAAAGGGCUCUACGUGGCGACCGGCGGUUCGUUUCAUGGCUGGAAGUUUCUCCCAGUGAUUGGGGACUACGUCGUCGACAUGAUGCAGGGCAGCCUUGACCCCGAAUUCGCUGAUCGUUGGGCCUGGGACAAGAAAGGCGGCCAUGGCGACCACUCCGCUAAUCCAACGUACUACAUCGUGGGGGACUUGCAGGAUUGGCUCGCGUGA